AUGUCUGCGUACCGUAUAUCCGUUCCAGAUGAGAAGCUCGUCACUCUGAAGAUCAAGCUCGGUCAGGCUGAGUUCCCCGACGAGCUCGAUGGCGCGGCUUGGGAAUAUGGCGCUCCAUUGAAGGAUAUCCAACGCCUCACAAAAUACUGGCGAAACGGCUUCGACUGGCGAGCCCAAGAAGCCAAACUAAACGAACUCCCCAACUACCACGCCCCCAUCAAAGUCGAAGGCUUCGGCGAAUUAGACAUCCACUACCUGCACCAGCCCUCUGAGAAUGCCGACGCCAUCCCCUUGCUCUUCGUCCACGGCUGGCCAGGCUCCUACAUCGAAGUCACAAAGAUCCUCCCAUUACUUCGUCAAUCCAACCAAGGCGUUUCCUUCCACGUCGUAGCGCCUAGCCUGCCACACUUCGGCUGGUCUGAGGGCGCGAAGAAGACAGGGUUUGGGUUGGCGCAGUAUGCGGAGGUUUGUGAUCAGUUGAUGCAAUCUCUUGGGUACAAGACGUAUGUAACCCAAGGUGGCGAUUGGGGGUUCUACAUUACCAGAGCUAUUGGAUUGCGGUACCCUCAGAGAUGUCUCGCUUCGCACAUCAAUAUGAUCCGGGCUUUCAAGCCGACGUUUGGCAAGCAUCCGUUGCUGGCGCUGGAGCAUGCGCUGUUGCCGUACUCCGAAGUUGACAAGAAGGGGUUCGAGAGAACCGCCUGGUUCCAAAACGAAGGCAGCGGCUACCGCACCCUUCAAAGCACCAAGCCACAAACCAUCGGCUACGCGCUACAUGACAGCCCAGUCGCGCUGCUGGCAUGGAUAUACGAGAAGCUUCACGACUGGACAGAUAGCUAUGCAUGGACUGACGAUGAGAUUCUGACUUGGAUCAGCAUCUACUACUUCUCCACCGCGGGCCCCGCCGCCAGCGUGCGUAUCUACUACGAAGCAAUCCACACCAACGCUGGCGGCAUCACGCGAGAUCGCACGCAAGAAUGGAUCCCCAAGGUCAAGCUCGGUCUUUGCCACUCGCCAAAGGAGCUCGGUAUAGUUCCCUCGACAUGGGCACGAACUCUCGGCCCGGUCGUCUACGAAACCCGCAAGGCUCACGGCGGACACUUCGCUGCAUGGGAGAUUCCAGAGGAAAUCGUGAAGGAUCUGCGAGCCAUGUUCGGAAAGCAGGGCAAAUGCUACCGUAUCACGGGACCGCAGUCGAAGCUGUAA